UUUCCCUAAUAAUGAAUCCGAAUAAACAGCACAUAGAUUUACUUGAAAUAAGUAGAAAAAGCACAGAAAGUGGAUGCAAAACUCGCUCCUUUGUCACACUGACACAACACAACUCUACUCUCUCCCUGUCUUUGUCAUUGCUGUUUCUGUCGCCUGAACUUCAUUUCUUGGCUUUUCUUAUUCCUUUCUCUGUCUUCUGUCUUUCAAUUUUCUCCUGUACUCACUACCAUCAAUUUUCUUUCUAACUUGUAUUUACUUCCCCAUACCAACCAACUCAUUCACUCUGCCUACUAUGAGAAUGUCCACUUUUAUUUUCAGCUGUGAAGUGAUUGUGAGAUUAGAAUAUUGAAGGCAAGUUAAAAGAAGAGAGCUUUUUGGACAGUUUUGAUUAUGGAAAACCCUAAAACCCCAGAAACCCUAGAAGCUCAAAUUCCAAAUGAUGAAACCCUAGAAGAAGUUCAGGGGUCUUCUGGGUUGUUUGGUUCUCUUGAGAAAUGUACUGGUUUAGUUUCUGGUGAAGAAAUGGGUAAAGGGGUUGAUAUGAACAGUGGUGGUAGCAAUGCUUGUGAAGCGGAAGUUGCUGAAAGAGUUAUUAACAAUGGAGGAGAGAAUAGGGUUGAAGAGAAUAGUGUUUGUGUUGCUGAGGUCCAAGAGAUUAGUGUUAAUGUUGCUGGGUGUGAAGAGCGUGGUGUUUGUAUUGCUGGGGUUCAAGAGAGUAGUGUUAAUGUUGCUGGUUGUGAAGAGAAUAGUGUUAGUGUUUCCGGGGUUCAAGAGAUCAGUGCUAGUGCUGCUGGGGUUGAAGAGAAUAGAGUGGGUGUUGCUGGGGUUGAAGAGAAUAGUGUUAGUUGUGUUGGGGAUGAAGAGAAUAGUGUUAGUGUUGCCGUGGUUCAAGAGAUUAGUGUUAGUGUUGCCGGUGUUGAAGAGAUUAGUAUUGUUGCUGCUGGGGUUGAAGAGAAUGAAGUGAGUGUUGUUGGGGUUGAAGAGAAUAAUGUUAGUGUUGCUGGGUGUGAAGAAACUAAUGAUAGUCUUGCUGGGGUUCAAGAGAUAAGUGUUAUUGCAGCUGGUGUUGAAGAGAAUAGAGAUAAUGUUGCUGGAGUUGAAGAUAAUAGUGUUGGAGUUGCUGGGUGUGAUGAGAUUAAUGUUAGUGUUGCUGGGUGUGAAGAGCAUAAUGUUACUGUUGCUGGGUAUGAAGAGAAUAAUGUUAGUGUUGCUGGGGUUCAAAAGAUUAGUGUUAGUGCUGCUGGGUUUGAAGAGGUUAGUGUUAGUGUUGCUGGGGUUGAGAAACGCUGUUUGUUGAGUGAUGGUAUUGUAAAAAAGAAUGAAAAUAAAGUGGAUUUUGUGGAGGCACAAUUGGUUGCUGAGUUGGGUAUGGCUGAUGAUGGGAGUGAGGAAGUUGUGGUUGAGAAGACUGUAAAAGAUGAAGAAAUGAAUGAAGAGACCGUUUUGGGUUCAAGUGAAGCUGGCUCGGUUAAAAAGAUUGAAGUUUCUGGAGACAAUAUAUCACUUUUUGUAGAUUUUUCUGGUUCUCUAAGCAGAUCUAAUCAAGAAAAUCUUAAUGGAGCAAUGGGCACUGGAUCAAUGUUGAGUAAGGAGUUAAAAGAAACUGGGGAAGAGGAAAAGGAAGUUGGAAUUGAUAAUCAAGAGAGCAAUUUUUCUGUGGGUGAUGUCGUCUGGGUUAAAACCAAAAAUCAGACUUGGUGGCCUGGAAAGAUAUGUGACCCUUUAGGUGCACCAACAUCUGCAGUGAAAACUGACCAGGUGGACUGCCUGCUUGUAGGGUAUUUUGGAAGUGUGCAUGUUGCUUGGUGCCACCCAUCUCAGCUGAAGCCUUUCUAUGAGAACUUUGAACAGAUUUUUGGGAAAUGUAAGGCUAGAGUCUUUGUUGUUGCAGUAGAAAAGGCAGUGGAUGAGUUCGGUAAACGACUGAAAUCGGAGUUGACUUGCUCUUGUGUUGCAAAAGAAAGUCACCAACUAUCUGGCAAUAGUGCAACUACCAAGGGAGCUUCCAUCCCUAAGCGUAAAUGUGCUGAACUUGGCAAGUUUUCGGUCACUAAUUUGGAACCUGCCAGUUUUCUAGAACAACUCAAAAAUCUUGCACUGGGCUUUCCCAUGCCUGGCAUGCUUGAGCGUAGUGCUGCACAGAAUAGUUUGUCUGCCUUUUAUCUUUCUAUUGGACAUAGCCAAGUGCCUAUGGAUCAGCUCCGGGGAACUGAUGUUGAAUAUAGUGAUGUUGACAAGCUCAUUACUGGAAGCAAUGACGAUAUUUUACAGCAGAAGAAGAAUGAAGCUCUGGCCAUGAUAUUGGGAGGGGACCUGGGUAUUGUUGCUGACGAGGUAAGUGCCUCGGGAAAAAUGGAAUCAAAUUUCAGAAAGAGAAAGAGAAAGAGAAAGAAGGAUUCUGAAGCUAGAAAUGGCAUUGAUGCAAGUGCAUUGGAUUCCUUAUCUAAAGAAAAGGAGGGCAGCCUGAUGGGACCUCCGACUAUUGCUGAUGAAGACGAUCGGAGUGAGGGGAAAAGUGAAAAGGGAUUUGAAUUGAGAGAACGGAAGAAGAGUAAGUAUCUAUCAUAUCCUUAUGUAAACUGGGGAGACAAAAGCCUGCCAAGCGAAACAGAAGAUCUUAAGGUGCAGACAGUCAUUCAUGAUGGAAUGGAGGAGGAAACCGGCAGUGGUUUGUUUGUAGUUUCCCCUGCAGCUGUUAAAUCUAGUGGUAAGAGAUUCCAGAAAAUAUGGUUCAAAAAAUUCAUAAGUGGAAAUGAUAUAUCUGCAAAUCCAGAGCUGAUUAAUGCAUCUUCAGCAGAAUUGCUCUCUGAACUCUGUUUUACAGCUGUAGACUGCCUCUAUCCGAAUAAAAACAAGAACUUUGAUUUAAUUGAGUGGUUCUUUUCUAGAUUCAGAAUAUCGGCAUAUCAUGAUGAAUCCAUUUAUGAGAUGUACUGCAAGAAUACGGUUGGUCAGAAGCAAAAAGAUGCUAAGCCUGAUAUGAGUGAAAACCCUGAUACAUUUCUCAGAAAAGAUCCACUGGAAAUGAGUCAGCCUCCACCCAAUAUUGAUCCUCAGCACAAGGUGCAAAAGAGAAAGAGAAAUAGUAACUCAGCAAAAUCAAAGAUUAAAUCUCCUUCUGGCCUAUCAGAUGCGAAUAUGAAUCUUGAUGCUAGUAGCUUAUCAGCAAAAGAUUUCCAGAGUACAGGCACUCACAAUCUGCAAACUGGACAAACUACUUGCAUACCUGAUUUGAAUAGUAAUGGUGCUAUACCCAUGGUUUUGGCAGAAAAUGCCCAGGUUAUUGGCCAAGUGGCUUCUGAGACGAAGAAGAGGAAAAGGAAACGAGGAGCUGCUGCAGGGUGUUCAGAGACUAGAGUUGGUGCCAGCUUACAAGAUCCAAAUGGAAAUGUUGCGAAAUUUGGAUCAUUGGUGGUAGACUUGCAGGUGAAGGGCCCGUACUCUAUCAAUUCUACCCCUGAACAAAGAAAUGGAAAUUCUCCUGUACCGGCCUUGUGGGUCAAAGAUCCACCAGGAGUUAGCCUGCUCUCAACUGAAGGUAAGCCUGGACAGAAAAGGAGGAGGAGGAGGAAAGCAAAAGCAGCAUCGGAACAUCAGGAGACAGUAACUACUGCAAACAUACCAGACUUAAAUGGAACUAGUGCAGAACCCUGUGCAUCUCCACAUGGAAAACCAGAGAAGAAGAGGAGGAGGAGGAGGAGAAAAGGGGAAGCUAGUGCAGGGCAGCUGAGUAGAAGAUUUGCUUCCAGGACACUGAAUAUGAAUAGAAAUCAGGACAGAGUUGACGGCAGCGGAGAAUCUUCAGGGACUGCUCUUGUCCUGACAUUUGCUCCAGGAGUUUCCAUGCCUUCGAAAGAGGUUUUAGUUACAACAUUUUGCAAGUUUGGGCCCUUGAAGGAAUCAGAAACACAGUUGUUGAAAGACACUAAUAUUGCCCAGGUUGUUUUCAUGAGGAGUGUGGAUGCUGGAGAUGCCGUUCAAAGUUUAGAGAAGAGCAACCCUUUUGGUGCAGCCCUUCUCAAUUAUCAUCUCCUGGCAAAACCUUCCGAGUCAGUUACUCAGCCUGGUGAGGCACCUCCACUUGAAUUCAUAAGGCAGAAUCUUGAGAUGAUGACAUCAAUGCUAGCAAACUCAGGAGAUAAUCUUUCCCCGGAGAUGAAAGCCAAAUUGGAGAAUGAGAUUAAGGGCCUGCUGAAAAAGAUUUUGUUUGUGUGGUGAGAAACAAAUGUAUGCCAUGAAAUUAAGCCAGGUUAAGAACCAUUGGUCAGUACCAUUGUUCUGAUGGGAGCCUUUUGUUGACUAGCUAGUUGAAAACCACAUACAGACGCAAAUCAGGUAAGACAUGCACAGAUUCUGCAUCGACAGCAGUAGAUAAUGCUCAAGUCCAUUUUAAAUCCAGAAACGUUAACAUCUUAAUUGCUUUUCAUCCCAGUUUUACCCACUCAAUCAAUUGGCACUUGUGCUUACACCGAAUCAAGAUAUCCAAUCACACCAAGUGUAACUGGAUGCGAAAAACAAUAACACAAGAUAUUU